CUCUGCGGCUGGCCCAGGAGGUGCGAGCUGCGUGCCCUGGGCGAGCCUGCGGGAGGGGCCGUGAGGGCCAGCCCAGGGCGGGGAUCAGGGAGCAGGACCAGAAAGGACAGGGGCUGCGCCGAUGGAGGAAGCUGGUGGCCCUAAGGAGGGGCUGCCCAGCCAGAGGCAGAGUCCAGCCCCCUUUAGCCAAAGGGCUCCGGGCGCUGGGGCGAGGGGCUCAGGCAGGACCCAGGAAGCCUGGGAAAGCACCUUCCUUGGCUGCAGGCCCUGCUUUGGGGAUUCCCCCUGUGCCCCGGCCUUCCCCUGCUUGGCCCUGGGAGGAAGGCGAGAGAGGCAUCCUGCCACCUCUUGCUUCCGCACCUGCUGCCCCAGAGCUGCAGCCUGUCCGGACCUGGAGGGUGCAGGGCACAGGGUGCAGGGUGUGGUCAGCUCACUGGAGGGGGUGGAUUUAGGGUCAGGCCUGGUGCAGGGAACCAUUUGCCCUCUCCCUGAGCUUGUGUGGGGUUUGCAGGGAGACAUGUGACCCAGGGGAACCUGGAGGUGGUGGCAGGGGGCCUGCUGCUGGGCCCCUCCUCCUAGGACUGCUGUGGAGCUUCCUCUCCAGGGGCUCCCUGGUGCCCUCAGGGUUGUGGCUCCUCAGGGGCCUGUCUCCUGAGACCUCAGCAUGCCCUGGGGGAGCUGUGGGCUCUCCCAACCCCAGCAGGGGUUCCAGGGCUGCCCUUCUGGAUGCCUCAUUGCCUGGCCUGCUUGUCCUCAGGUCCUCAGCAGCCCACACCCCUUUUGGCUUUUGGCGGAAAUUGCUGGAGGACCUGUUGGUUUUCCCCAUUUUCCAGGGCUCAAGUCCAUAAACCUGGGUCUGGGCUGCAUAUGUUUUAGCCCAAGCUCCCAGAGCCCUGAGGAAGCAGACCUGUUCAGACGCUGAAAUGCAUUGGGAUGGUCUGAAUCAGCUCUAAGCCCUUCUCUGGGCAGGAGGAAGCUUCUGGGGGGAUGGAUGCUGCUUAGGGUAAGGCUCUUGUGGCCCUGGUUGCAGGCAACACCCCUUGAGGCGGAGACCCUUCUGUGGCAUGGUGGACAGACGGUCCCUCAGCCUGGCUGGGCUUCUCCAUACCCCUCCCUAAGAGUUCAAGGCUGCAGUGAGCUGUGAUUGCACCUGUACUCCAGCCUGGGCAGCAGAAUGAGACUCUGUCUCUAAAAAAAAAUUAAUAAAAUAAAAAUUAAAACCUUGCUCUGUAUUAAACAGCAGUCUUGGGCCAGACGGUGGGACUCACCUGAGUCCUUGUCCCAGGCAUCAGAGGGCAGAGGGCCUUUCUGAUCUCCCCUCUGUACCACCCUGGCCCAGCUGCAGCCUGACAGGGGUCCUCGGGAAAGCUCACCCCUCGCUCCCAUGUGGACAGAGCUUCCUCCUAUCCACCUUAACUUAGCCAGAAUUGCCUGCGCUGGUGACCAGCACCCCUCCAUUCUAGGACCAGGCCUCUCAGAGGGCUGCAGACACAAAUCCAGACCCGCCAUGAACCAGCCCACCUCUGGCGCCCCUGCCCCGCCCCGCCGCGUGCGGCUGAAGCCCUGGCUGGUGGCCCAGGUGAACAGCUGCCAGUAUCCAGGGCUUCAGUGGGUCAAUGGGGAAAAGAAAUUCUUCUACAUCCCCUGGAGGCACGCCACGAGGCACGGCCCCAGCCAGGACGGGGAUAACACCAUCUUCAAGGCCUGGGCCACGGAGACGGGGAAGUACACCGAAGGGGUGGAUGAGGCCGAUCCAGCCAAGUGGAAGGCCAACCUGCGCUGUGCCCUUAACAAGAGCCGCGACUUCCGUCUCAUCUAUGAUGGGCCCCGGGACAUGCCGCCCCAGCCCUACAAGAUCUACGAGGUCUGCUCCAACGGCCCCGCUCCCGCAGAGUCCCAGCCUGCUGAAGAUUACGCUGUUGGAGCAGGAGAGGAGGAGGAGGAGGAAGAGGAAGAGCUUCAGAGGAUGUUACCAAACCUGAGCAUCACAGAAGCAGUGCCGCCUGGCCCCGCCAUGGCCCCCUAUUCUUUACCUAAAGAGGAUGUCAAGUGGCCACCCACCCUGCAGCCACCUGUAGUGAUGGGCCCCCCUGCUCCGGACCCCAGGCUCAUGGCCACUCCUCCUGGUGUCCCUGCUGGCUUCAGGGAGCUUCUGCCAAGUGUGGAGCCUGGGCCCCUGGCUGCCAGCCUGCCCCCUGCAAGCGAGCAGCUCUUGCCCGAACUGCUGAUCAGCCCCCACAUGCUGCCACUGACCGACCUGGAGAUCAAGUUCCAGUACAGGGGACGGCCACCCCAGGCGGUGAUCAUUAGCAACCCGCACGGCUGCCGACUCUUCUACAGCCAGCUGGAGGCCACCCAGGAACAGGUGGAACUCUUCGGCCCCGUGAGCCUGGAGCAAGUGCGUUUCCCCAGCCCCGAGGACAUCCUCAGCGACAAGCAGCGCUUCUACACAAACCAGCUACUGGAUGUCCUGGACCGUGGGCUCAUCCUCCAGCUGCAGGGCCAGGACCUAUAUGCCAUCCGCCUGUGCCAGUGCAAGGUGUUCUGGAGCGGGCCCUGCGCCUCAGCCCAUGGCUUGCGCCCCAACCCCAUCCAGCGGGAAGUCAAGACCAAGCUCUUCAGCCUGGAGCAUUUUCUCAAUGAGCUCAUCCUGUUCCAGAAAGGCCAGACCAAUACCCCACCGCCCUUCGAGAUCUUCUUCUGCUUUGGGGAGGAGUGGCCUGACUCCAAACCUCGAGAAAAGAAGCUGAUUACCGUACAGGUGGUGCCCGUAGCAGCUCGGUUGCUGCUGGAGAUGUUCUCAGGGGAGCUCUCUUGGUCAGCUGACAGUAUCCGGCUACAGAUCUCCAACCCAGACCUCAAAGACCGCAUGGUGGAGCAGUUCAAGGAGCUCCAUCACAUCUGGCAGUCCCAGCAGCGGUUGCAGCCUGUGGCCCAGGCCCCUCCUGUGGCAGGCCUUGGUGCUGGCCAGGGGCCCUGGCCCAUGCACCCAGUUGGUAUGCAGUAACAAGCUGCAGAUGGUGACUGGCCCGGGCUUCCUGGGUGGCUGUGCAGACCGAUAAGGAGGACCCCUGGUGGGCACCUGGUGGCUGUGGCAUCCUACCUCUGGGUUUCCUGGAAGUGGACUUGGUGGAGGAGGAGAGGAAAGAGGCCUGAGACCCAUGUUCUCCUUCCUGGGCCUGCCUCUCCUGUGCUCGCUCUGGUCUGGUCUGCUGGGCUCUGGAGAAACUCAGCCUGCAGCCCUGUGAGCGGGGAACCUUGGGGCCUAGUUGUACAGGACGAAUGGCACCAGGGUGGCCCACUCUUGUGGCUGCUCCAUUUCACUUGGCAACAAGAGCCAAGGAGUGUUGUGGGCUGGGUCCCCCCAGCAGGGACUCUGCAGGGCACGGCCCGACUUUGGCAUUUCCUGGCUUGAGCCUCAGUUCCUCAUCUUCCUCCCUCCUGAGGCAGAUACCAGCACAAAGGUAUCAUACCAGAUACUUAAGGCUGGCAGCUACCCCACAUCUUGUGAGUCCAAGAACAUGGGGUAGAAAGAAUGUAUGCAUUUUUGGAUUAAUAAAUGUUAAAAACAGA